UGUCCGCGAGCAAGAGUCGUCGAAAGCAUUUUGAAGAAAGAAUUUAUGUUUUCGAGCCAACAUUGAGAAGAACGUUCGCACAUUUGAAUCAGACGACCCGAAUUUUGAGGCGCCAAGCUUGGCUGACGCGAUCGCUUUCUUCUUUCACUCUGAGUUUGAAAUCCACAAGUCCUGGACGUUCCUCGUGUCAUCUCAGUCGCAUGAAGAGUGUCUCUCAAAAUGGUAUCCACUGAGAUCAUCGAGGAGCAUCAGUCCCAAUUUCGUGGCCCAAUCUGAAACUUGCAAGUCAGUGUCCCCUCUCUCCUGCACAUCCAUUGGACUACCAUGCCACCCCCACUUAACAUACCCAAUGAGUCUUUCAAAGUGGACGAGACCUUCAGUUGUGCGCUUCGAUCCGUCAAGGAGAGCUCGACCACGCCUCCUUCCUCGGGCCACUCCUCGCCAGCCUCAUCUCCCCCCAGCGAAUUCAUUUCCAACGCCUUUGAGCGUCGACAGUGGAGCAGCGAGCUCCUCAUCUGCCCAGAGUGCAAGUUCGUGAGUGAGAGUGCGGCUCGAUUUGAGGCCCAUUUCAAAGAGCCCCGUCACGUGUACUACUUCAGGAACAUGGCCUAUAAGGAGCCCAAGCGUCGUCAGAUGUGGCUCAAGAUUUGGUUCUCCACUUUAGAGGCCGCAGAGGAGACCAAUUUGGAAGCAUUUGAGGUCGACGAAAGCGAAGAAGACGCCUACGUGGUGGCUCAACAAAAGAAGACCACCACAAAAGGAUCCUUAAAAAAACAAGAUUCCAUCGAUUGUUUGUCGUACAGUAUUGGAAAAUACAAGUUUAAACAAUAGCCUGCCUGCCUGC